UGGCGUAGUGACGUGAGGCGGCGGUUGCUCGCGUUGGGCUGGGGGUCGGAGCGCAGUUUAGGAACCCCGCGGGACCGUGGGGCAUCUCGGCCGCCGGCGGCACGUGGUUUCCUUUGGGCUCGCGCCGCCGUGUUGCCCCCGCCCCGCCCCUUCGGGGAGAGGCAAAGUGGACAGGUUCUUUGGGGACCGAGCUGCAGCCCCAGAAAGGGAAGGGAGCCCCUGAGAGAGCCGGGCUGCGGCCCGGACCUGGGGAGCGGCGGAGCCGGGAGGGUCCCCGCUGGCAGAGUCUGAGUGAACCCGCUAGGAUCCCGGCUGGUGCCAAGGAGGCAGGGCCUGGCCACCCGCGAUGCUCGGGGCCCGGUGUCUGCUGCGAGCCCUGCGCUCCUGCUCCUCUGCUCCCUGCCCGAGACCCAAGCCUCCGGCCAGACUGAGCGUGCGGGACGCUCUCAGGGUCCAGAGCCCGAGUGGGGAGCGCGUUACGGUUCAGGGAUGGGUUCGUUCAGUCCGAUCCCAGAAGGAAGUCUUGUUCCUGCAUGUAAAUGAUGGUUCAUCUUUGGAAAGCCUUCAGAUUGUAGCAGAUUCAAACUUAGAAAGUAGAGAACUAGAUUUUGGUUGUUCAGUGGAAAUUCAAGGGCAGCUGGUAAAAAGUCCAUACAAAAGGCAAAAUGUGGAACUGAAGGCAGAAAAAAUUGAAGUUGUUGGAACUUGUGAUCCCAAGGAUUUCCCUUUAAAAUAUAAAGACAGACCUCCUCUGGAGUAUCUGAGACAAUUUCCUCAUCUUCGGUGUAGAACUAAUGCCCUGGGUUCUAUACUGAGAGUUCGCAGUGAGGCCACAGCUGCUAUUCAUUCUUUCUUUAAGGACAAUGGUUUUGUGCAUAUUCAUACUCCAAUAAUCACAUCCAAUGACUGUGAAGGGGCUGGAGAACUCUUUCAAGUUGAACCUUCAAGCAAAAUAAAGGUACCUGAAGAGAAUUUUUUUGAUGUUCCUGCUUUCUUAACUGUCUCGGGACAACUUCACCUAGAAGUGAUGUCAGGAGCUUUUACUCAAGUGUUUACCUUUGGCCCAACAUUUCGAGCUGAGAAUUCUCAGAGCCGGAGACACCUGUCAGAGUUUUAUAUGGUAGAAGCCGAGAUCUCUUUUGUUGAGAGCCUUCAAGAUAUCAUGCAGGUCAUGGAGGGGCUCUUCAAGUCCGUCACAGCGAUGGUUCUCGCCAGCUGUCCCGAGGAUGUUGCGCUCUGCCACAAAUUCAUUGCUCCUGGCCAAAAGGACAGAUUAGAACAUAUGUUAAAAAACAACUUUUUAACCAUUUCUUAUACGGAAGCCAUGGAGAUCUUAAAACAGGCGUCCCAGAACUUCACCUUCACCCCAGAGUGGGGUGUUGAUCUGUAUACUGAACAUGAAAAAUACCUGGUGGAGCACUGUGGCAACAUACCAGUCUUUGUCAUUAAUUAUCCAUUAUCACUGAAGCCUUUCUACAUGAGAGACAAUGAAGAUGGGCCUCAGCACACAGUUGCUGCUGUUGACCUUCUGGUUCCUGGAGUUGGAGAGCUCUUUGGAGGAAGCCUCCGAGAGGAGCGGUAUCAUUUCUUAGAGCAGCGGCUGGCCAGAUCCGGACUGACAGAAGCCUACCAAUGGUAUCUGGACCUCCGUCGAUUUGGAUCUGUGCCACAUGGAGGUUUUGGGAUGGGAUUUGAACGCUACCUGCAGUGCAUCUUGGGAAUUGACAAUAUCAAAGAUGUCAUCCCUUUUCCAAGAUUUACCCAUUCAUGUAUUUUGUAACUGGAAAACUGGUUAAGGGAAAUCAUGCAAGCCAGAGGUGCUCCACAUGCAUGUGCCUACAAGAAAACAUAUGUUUGGAUUUUAGAAGGGCAGAAGUUUUCAAAAUGUGCUUGUCAUACCAUAGCAUAUAACAUGAAAAAUAAGUGAUCAUGAUUUUCUUACAAAAUUGAGACAUUUCAUGGAAAGAUGAACUCUCCCAAGAAGAAGUACUUAUAGCCUAUAGAUGUCUAAUCAAUUAUGUCAAUUAAGAAGAAAUGAAGAAAUUGAACUAGAUGGUUCCAAAGGUCCUUUCAGACUCUAAAAAGAGGAUGAGAUAGUGUACUUUGUCUUUAAUGAUUAGCUCACUGCUUUGUGUGACCUUUGAGAAACAACUAGCAACUAAAAAUAAAAUGUUGUUGGACCUUUUCUUUUCUUACCAUUUAACCUAUGACAAAUGCCCAUGUUAUUCUCUGUGUUUUACUAAGCAUUAUAGAAGAAAAUAUUCCUUUGGGUUUUAAGUUAAUAAACUGCUAUUCUGAAUUGAAA